AUGCUACAUCUCCGAUCUACCGGACGGAAUGGAGACUUGUCGAGGGUAUUCUUCGCCGGUAAACUCUUCCAGGGGAUUUGUAUCGGCAUUCUUCUGUGUGUUACACAGACAUACAUGUCCGACGUACUCCUUGUUGUCCUCCGAGGACCGAUCAUUGCAUUCUAUCCGAUCUUCACACUUCUUGGACAACUAGUCGGGUCGAUCGUGGUUUAUACUUCGCUCAAGCAUACAGGCGCACAGUCGUACCGGAUUUGUUUUGCGUCGCAAUGGCCGUUCUCGGCUGUCCCCUUUGUGCUAGCUGCGCCAGAGAGUCCAACCUGGCUUUUGAGAAAGGGACGGACGGACAAGGUUCUCAACGCACAGAGAAAGCUUGAUACGACGCAUGUCAACUCGCAAGCUGUGGUCGACGAGUUACAAGCGUCAAUUUUAGCAGAGGACGAGGAGAGCGCAACUCAUAAAUACGCCGAUUGUUUCAGAGGAGUCAAUAUGCGCCGAACUUUGAUUGUGGCUUUUGCAAACGUGAUACCCCAGAUGUUCGGACUGCAGCUCCUGGCAAAUGCCUCCUACUUUAUGCAGGUCGUGGGUAUGGGCGCAUCUAAUAGCUUGGUAUUCUUGAUUUUGGGUAUCGGGCUGGGCCUGAUUGCAAAUGUUAUCUGUCUAUGGGCGCUGAAUGCCUUUGGGAGAAGAUUCCUCAUUCUACUGACUUUGGGUAUUGUUAUGGUUCUAUGGUUAGCGAUAGGAAUAGCUGGGAUCUUCAAGGGAACCGUGACGAUUUGGUACGCAGCAGUUAGCAUGAUGAUUAUCACUAUGGUCUCUGGUCUCGGGCCGUGGUUUGCGUCUCAUGUGGUUGCCGCCGAAGCGUCCUCACUGCAACUCCGAGCCAAGACCCAAGGUAUUGGGUGA